CUAUUAUAUUACACGUAUAUACAAUCGUCGAGACUGUUCGUGCGUCAAUCGUUUUUAACAAAUAACCGAAUGAUAACGUUGUAACCUCUGUUAUCGCCGUAUCCCGGAACGUCUGCGAACUACAAGCGCUCGGGAUACGUUAGGUAACAACGGCGGAUACAGAGCGGUGCAUUUACUACUCUCUAUAUAAACCACCGUCCAGCUUCACACAUGUCAUUUCACAUCACACUUUGAUGGUGACAAUUAGCUACAUUGGAUUGUAUUGUAAACUACUGGCCACACAGAUCAUAUUUCACGCUCGGACAUUGUUGAUAACGUACGCAGUGACGUAUACACGUGCGCUGCUUAUAUGAAGCUUUUUUCGAUAUAAUAUAUAUUUUUUUUGUGAAUAUAAUUAGUGAUAGUUCGUCAAAAUGUAUAACAAGACUAGUGCGACGCUGAUGUUGCAGACUAUAAUGGUGUUGAUGGAUAAACAAAAUUCAACCGAUGUCACCAACUUCCCAAGCACGUUUAAUGAUGACGCGGAGUUGGAACGUUGUUACGGAACUUAUGGGUGCUUUUCAAAGGCGUAUCCUUGGACGGAACAUCGGCCUGAUAACUUUUUCCCUGUACCACCAGAAGCUAUGGCUGUGAGAUAUCCAGCAUUCACUAGAAGAAAUCGAAAGAUACCAGUUCUUUUUGAGGCCGAUAAUAAAGAAAAAAUUGCUAAUGCCAAUCUUGAUCCGCGGGGACCGUUUUAUUUUAUUUCUCAUGGAUUCUUAGAAGGAGGACAUAAACCAUGGAUUCAAAAUAUGGCGGACGCUCUUCUAAAUUUGGAAGGCAAUGAAGGAGCAACAGUUAUCGUGGUGGACUGGCGAGGUGGCUCUCAACCUCCUUACGGACAAGCUGUCGCCAAUAUUCGACUCAUUGGCGUUAUGACUGCACACUUGAUACAUAACAUUUAUGAAGUGCUAGGAUUGCAACACAUAGAUAACUUCCACUUCAUUGGACACUCUUUGGGUGCUCAUUUAGGGGGAUAUUGUGGACAUGCUUUGCAGAAGAGGUUCUACUUGAAGCUUGGACGUAUCACUGGAUUAGAUCCCGCAUCUCCUUACUUCGCUAGGACGGUAACGCUGGUACGCCUCGACAGGUCCGACGCUAAAUACGUGGAUAUCAUCCACAGCAAUGCGUUGCCGCUGUACUUCUCAGGUUUCGGUAUGUCGGAGCCAAUUGGCCAUGUGGACUUUUAUCCCAACGGUGGUAUAACGCAACCAGGUUGCAAGCAAUCUAGCUCGUCUUCCGGUGGAUCUGGAGACUUGUCGUACCAACAAAUUGCCAAAUUCGUCGGCUGUGAUCACGAGAGGAGUUACGAGUACUUUAUCGAGAGCGUCGCGCCUACUUGUCCAUUUAUGGCAGUACAAUGCGAGUCUUAUGAUUCAUUCCUAGCUGGCAACUGUACCAGCUGUGACAACCAUCACUACUGCAUACCAAUGGGGUACCACUCGUAUGGCAUCUACAAGCGGCUGCAGGCGGGCGGCCUUGUUGACACCAACUCUAACAUUGCACUGUAUGCUCUCACAGGCAAUAGUAAACCUUUUUGCAGAGUUCAUUACGAGGUGAUACUCAAGGUCGCUAAUACUACAGCUAGCAUCACCCACGGACCUGAAUCCGGGAAGCUAUCCAUCACAUUAGUCGACAGAAAUAACAACAAGAGUGACCAUAUGUUUUUGGAAGAUGAACAAAAAUUCUACAAACCCGGUGUGAUCGAGAAAAAAAUGGUGGCUGUGAAAGAUACGGGGCAUCCUCCCGUGUUUGUGAUCGUUGAGUGGAAAUAUGAAACCAACUUAUUCAAUCCCAUGACUUGGAGGUUGUUGAAGAGUCCUAGCAUUUAUGUGGAGUAUAUGAAGCUGUCAUCGAUUGAAUAUAACACUGAGAUUACAGUGUGCCCCAAACGGAAUAAGCCAGUCGUUGCCAACCUGCCUACGAUAAUGAAGCCGAAAUAUUGUAAAUUCAGUAAAUAGUUUUCUGUGAACACUUAUGUUCCAUCCCCGGAAUUCAUAAUUUGGACAAUGCACUUAAGACAAUGCAAAAUGUCUACAAAAAGUAUUCUAAUAGUAUUUUAAUAUUUACAUUUAUUU